AUGGCGGCAUCAUCGGAGAGUGAACAUAAACGAGCCAUUUCAGUUAACCAUCGAUCAGAAUCGACAAUUUCGACUUUUUUAGCAUCUGCAUUAUCUGUCGGGAUAUUUUUCUUUACACCUGAUCUAUUUACAAAAUUAUUUUCAAAUGUUGUUGGUUUUAUUGAUGGAACUUACUUUUAUUGUCAAAAAUCGGAACGUUUUGAAAUUCAACGAAAAACUUGGUCAGAACAAAAAAAACGAAAUCUCGUUAAAGUUAUGGGUAUUCAAUUUGCUAAUGGUACUUGGUUUGAUUUAAUUGGACCAUUUUAUGCUGAUGGAGACCAUAAUGAUGCUUCGAUUUGGAAUUAUAUUGUUGCAGAAGAUAUUGGAAAUGUUCAUGAUAUAUUCGAUGAAGAAACUGAUGAAUUUUUAGGUGAUCGAGGAUUUCGAGAUGUUGAUGACGAAAGAUUCACAGUUCGUAUACCAUUUUCAUUAAAUAAAAACCAGGUUCAACUAUCAACAGAAAAUGCCAAUGCUACCAGAAAAAUAACUAAACUCCGAAAUUGUAUUGAACGUGGGUUUGCAAGAUUGAAACAAUGGAAAAUAAUUAAUGCAACCAUUGAUACUAAUUUAAUUUCUAAACUUGGUUCAUUACUAAGAAUAUUAGGUGCUAUUGAUAACAAAUAUUUUGAACCACUGUUUAUGACAACUGAUAUUGACCAACAAAAUAUUGAUUUUAUUAAACAUCGUGAAGUUGUUCCAAAUGCUUUAGAAAACUUUGAUGAAAUUAUUGAUUUAAUACCUAAAUUAACAUUGAAUACUAUUCGAAAUUAUGGAUUAGGUGAAUAUGCAUUGAAAUUAGCUAUUCCAUAUUUACAACAUGCUUCGUCUCUAUCAAUUAAAACACAUAAAUCAAAACAAUAUUCAAGUGUUAUUAAAAUAGAAGAUAUUAAUUCAUAUUGUUCAUGCAAAUCAGGUGCACGUUCAGUAGGAACAUGUGCACACGUUAUAGCUGCUUUAUAUUGGUUUUAUGCUAAUUUAAAUGGAAUAACGAUACCAACAUAUAAUGUAAAAUCAAUUGCCUUAGAACAAAACAUUACAAAUCUCCAAUCUUUUAAUCGACGUCGACGUGAACAAAAACUUAACAAUGAUGAAAUUAUGAUAAGCGAUGUUACCGAUAAUGAAGAUGAGAAUUAUUUAUGUGAUACUGAACACUUUUAA